AUGGAUCCAUCAAAAGAGACUAUUCUUUUUGAGUAUAUACCAGGGAUAUUAUAUACCAAGCAGGUUUUAAAUGGUUCAACUAUUGAUAUAGGGUCAGAUUCAGGUGUAAUUAUGAUAGUGAUGCUCAAUGGUGAUGUUUUUUUUUAUCCCUCAAAUGUUACUUUAUUAGAUCAAUUACCAGAUAUAUUCCUAAAUUCACCAAACACAAAUAAUAAUGGCAACAAUGGAGCUACAGCAAACAUGGGUUCAAAUAAUAAUAACAAAUCAAAUAAUAGUAGUAAAAAGAAUAAUUUAAAGUCAAAAUACAACAUACCUUUAAAUUUAUCACCAGAUCACAAAGUAUUUAAUUUUGAUUUCAAACAAUUUGACCCAAGUGAAAGUUUUAUAUACAACUCUGAAAGUUCGGGAUCAUCAUCAGCAAAUAAUGUUAUAAAUAAUAAUAAUAAUUAUAAUAGUGACCCCGAUAAUAUACCAGCUCCUCAUGAAUUUUUAGAUUUUAAUCCUAUUAGAUAUAGAAGACCCAGAAAAAUUUUAGUUAGCCACGAUAAAAGGUUAUUAAUGAUUAUAGGUUGCUUUAUUAAGGGUGUUAGCUGUUUAACAAUCUAUAGAAUUGUGGAAGAGGGACCAAAUUAUUUUCAACUUAUAUUUUAUGAUUCAAGUUUUACAUAUGUAGAUGCCUGUUUUUCAUCAGAUUCAACAAUGAUGACAGCAAUUUUAGCCAGAUACCCAAAUUUUAUAUUUGCUUUACAAAUUCCAGGUUUACAACCAAAACAAAUUACUAAUAAUAUCAAAUAUCAAGAAAAAAGAAUUAGUUUUGAAGCUAGAAAAAUUGGACCACUUGCGAUUGUUGGACCUGUAAAAAAUUAUAAAGGAGAACCCUAUCAUAUGACACAUAUUGCAUCAAAUCCCAAAAUGUCUGAUGAAAAAUUAAAACCAUUCGAGUUUGUUACAUGGAAUGAUGAUAGUUUAGGCGAAUGUUGUUUUUGGAAUAUUUAUAAAACUCCAAAUGACAAUAAUAGUUUAAAUAAGUCAUUACACCAGCCAUCACAGAGUAAUCAACCAUCACCAUCACAACCACCUCAACAACCCCAAUCACAACAACCUCAACCACAGCAACAAAAUUCACCAUUAAAAAAUAUACCACAAUUAAAAUUUGAAUGGAUGACCAAGUUUAUAAAUCCAAUCGUUCCAGAUAAAAGUUUAAUAGAUAAAGAGGGUUUUGCAAAAUCUUUUAUUAUAAAUAUGGAAUUUUCACCAAAUGGCGAUUUAGUAAUGGCAAUAGUUAGAAGAGAGAAUCAUGACCAAAAGAAUAGGUUAUCAAAUGGUAUAGGUUUUCAAUGUAUCCCAUCAACAUUGGACUUAUUAAACAGUAGUAGUAUUAAGAAUUUUGAUGGCACACCAAAUACAAACACAAAUAUAAAUAAUAUAGGAACAGAAAACCAAAAUUAUUUUAAAAAUAAAACAAAUCAACAAAAAGGGACAAUUGGAGGUGAAGUUUCAAGUCAAUGGUUUCAGCUAUCAGAAUCAAAUGAUAAGAGUAUAAUUAUAACAUCAAAAUGGACAGAUUCAUUAUUUUUUGGAGGCCAAGACCAAUAUUUACCAGCAGUAUUGAUAAAAGAAAAAGGUAUUUAUGAGUUGGUUUCAAAUAAUUAUUGUGCUCAAUUUACCAAUUCUUCAGAGGAGUUUAUUAAAACUUGUGUUAACUUUAUUCAAAUGGGAAAAUAUCACAGAUUAUGGAUCAGUACAUAUGGAAUUUUAUACUCAAUUACUAUGACUCCUAAAAAUGAUAAAUAUAUUGAUUGGAUUCCAACUGUUUUCAAUAGUAUUAGCAACCAAUCAAAUAUUCUUUCAUCAAAAUACUAUAAAGUUUCACAAAUGAUUGGUUAUAAUCUAAUAGACUUUACAAAAGCCCAAGAAAAUAGUUCAAAGAAUCCAAAUAAAAAGAAAUCAACAUCUAUAUCAGAGGAAAGACAACAGGCAGAGGUUUAUAGUUGUUUACAUUUAUAUAAGUGUUGGAGUUGUAAAUUAACUUUAAUUAAACCUUUAAUUUGUGGAUAUUGUAAAACAGUUGCAUAUUGCUCAAAAGAAUGUCAAAAAGAUCAUUGGCUGGUUCACAAAGAACAAUGUAUACCCCCAACUUUACCAAUGAUACAACACCAUAAUCAACUCCACCAACAGCUUCAACAACAAAGUUUACAACAACAUAAUUUACAACAAAAAACUUUACAACUUUUAAAUUUUCAUCAACAAAACAAUAAAUUAUAA